CUCGACUGGCUCCUCACUGACCGGGGACCCUUCUACCGAGCCCAGGAGUACGUGGACUUCAUGGAGCGUUACCGGCAGGGUUUUACCACCAGGUACAGGAUCUACAGAGAGUUUGCUCGUUGGAAGGUGAAUAAUUUGGCCUUGGAGAGAAAAGACUUCUUCAGCCUGCCGCUUCCCCUGGCCCCCGAAUUCAUCCGCAACAUCCGUCUGCUGGGACGCCGACCCAGUCCCCAGCAGAUCACCGACAGCCUCAUCAAAAAGUAUGGGACCCACUUCUUGCUCGCUGCCACGCUGGGAGGAGAGGAGUCCCUGACCAUUUUUGUGGACAAGCGCAAGCUGAGCCGGAGGACAGAGCCUGCUGGGGGUGCUGGGAACAGCUCUGGGAUCUCGCUGGAGACUCUGCAUCAGCUGGCAGCCUCCUACUUCAUUGACCGGGAGAGUACGCUGCGCCGGCUCCACCACAUCCAGAUCGCCACGGCUGCCAUCAAGGUGACUGAAACACGGACAGGGCCACUUGGCUGCAGCAACUACGACAACCUGGACUCGGUGAGCUCCGUCCUGGUGCAAAGCCCCGAGAACAAAGUGCAGCUCCAAGGUCUGCAGACAGUGCUCCCCUCCUACCUGCGGGAGAGGUUUGUGGCAGCUGCCCUCAGCUACAUCGCCUGCAGCUCGGCCGGGGCCGACGUCCAGGCAUUAGAGAGCAGCCUGGCCCAGCUCCGGCGAGCCUGGGAGAGCCACCACAUCCAGUUCGAGGAGUCAGAGGAGUUUCAGGCCCUGGUGAAGAGGCUCCCCGGGGACCGUUUCCUGAACAGGACGGCCAUCUCCCACUUCUGGGCCAUGGACCUGGAUGUCCAGCAUCGCUAUCAGCAGCUGGGCACCAGCCUGAAGCUGCUCUCCAGGAAAACCCACCGACUCAUACGGCGGCUCUUCAACCUCAGCAAACACUGCCCCUGGCAACCUCGCUUCAAACUGCCAAAGGAGAGGUCCCUCUCUUACUGGUGGAGCCGUGCACAGUCGCUCCUGUACUGCAGCGAGACAGCUGUGCCUGGGACCUUUCUGGAAGAAAGCCACAGCUGCACGUGUCCCUCUGACCAGCCCUCCUGCCAGGGGUCCAUACCGUGUGCCUUGGGCGAGGGGCCAGCCUGCACCAGCUGUGCUGAGGACAACAGCACCCGCUGUGGGACCUGCAACCACGGCUACGUGCUCACCCAGGGCUUCUGCCGCCCUGAGGUGGCCGACUCGCUGGAGCACUACCUGGGGCUGGAGACGGACCUGCAGGACUUGGAGCUCAAGUACCUCCUGCAAAAACGGGACAACCGCAUCGAGGUGCACUCCAUCUUCAUCAGCAAUGACAUGCGCCUGGGGAGCUGGUUCGACCCUUCCUGGAGGAAACGCAUGCUCUUGACUCUGAAGAGCAACAAGUACAAGCCUGGGCUGGUUCACAUGAUGUUGGCACUCUCCCUGCAGAUCUGCCUCACCAAGAACAGCACACUGGAGCCUGUCAUGGCCAUCUAUGUCAACCCCUUUGGGGGAAGCCACUCGGAGAGCUGGUUCAUGCCUGUCAAUGAGGGCAGUUUCCCAGACUGGGAAAGGACUAACGUAGAUGCCUCUGCCCAGUGCCAAAACUGGACACUCACCUUGGGCAACAAGUGGAAGACCUUCUUUGAAACGGUCCACGUCUACUUGCGGAGCCGCAUCAAGUCUCUGGAUGACAACUCCAAUGAGACAAUCUACUACGAACCCUUGGAGAUGGCAGAUCCCUCCAAGAACCUGGGGUACAUGAAAAUCAACAGCUUGCAAGUCUUCGGCUACAGCCUGCCCUUUGAACCAGAUGCUAUUCGUGACCUGAUCCUUCAGCUGGACUAUCCCUACACCCAGGGCUCCCAGGACUCAGCCAUGCUCCAGUUGUUGGAGAUCAGGGACCGGGUCAACAGGUUGUCACCCCCUGGCAAAACCCAUCUUGACCUCUUCACUUGCUUGCUCCGCCACAGGCUCAAGUUGGCCAACAACGAGGUGGCGAGGAUCCAGUCCUCCCUGAGGGCCUUCAACGCCAAGCUACCCAAUGCAGUAGAGCAGGAGACAGGCAAGCUGUGCAGCUAACAGCUGGGUCUGCUCAGAUCUUGGAGUGAGUGGGCCAGUAAAAAG